AGUAUCUAUUUGGAGGCAUUAUGAGAUUUGGGUCAUUGAGAACUACAAAGCUAUUUUUAAAGACAAGAAAAUCAAUUCAUAAAGUACAUAUUGUGGAUGUGUGUCUGUAUAGGUAUAUAAAUAUUUUUCCAGUGUAGCUGUUCCAACUGUGAUCUUUUGUGACGAUGAGUGAAAGCACUUGGUGUAUCGGAUAUAUGUCUGUUUUUUGUCAAUAUUAACAGUUGAGACAUACAUUCUAAGUUCCCUCUUUUUUUAACAGACAAACAUACAUUUAAACUGUUUUUGUUCUGCUUUGUUUCUCUCACUUCUCUCCUUCCUCUAUCCCUUUUUUCACUCCAGUUUUCCCAGUGCCCCUGUAAUUCCCCUCUUUCCCCAUAAUGCCCCUAUUUCCCACUCAUUUGACUUUUGACAUAUUACCUCCACUGAAGCAUUAGCCACCCAACCUACACAGCACCCCCCACCUCUGUUCCACCCUCCCUAACUUCUUCCCUCCUUCCUCCCUCUUGCUGAGUUUAUAAGUCAGCACCCACAACAGUUGGCUCAGUGUGAAGAGCCUCACACACAGUGAGGGGGGGGUUGAAUAAGAGAGAGAUUUUUUUUUUAUCAGCAACACAUCCAAAAUUUCAUCAUGCAUGCGUUCAGGAUCUGGCGUGCGUUGUGUGUGCUCGGUUUCGCGGUUGUAUCCUUGUGUGUGAACGAGGUUGAGUACGACAGGAACUACGCAGACAGCUAUGACAACGAGAUCUCUCAGGACCAGCAGGAGGGGGAGUCUCCGACCACACCAUUCCAGGCUGCAGAUUUCUCCCGCUGGGACAAGCUUUUCAUCGCUCUGGAGGACUCCCACAUGAGGCAGAACAUGCUGCUGGACUCUCUGGAGCAGUGCUGUGGAGGAAUGGUGUCUCUCAGGACCCAGGUGGAGAAGCUGGCCAGGGGGACAUGUCAGCAGUGUGCACCCAGCAUGGAGUCAGCGUGCAGGGCACAAGCAGAGCAGGCGGGUAUCAGGCUACAACGAGGUUUGGCAGAGCUCAGUGAGGAGGGAGCAGAGAGGGAGAGGAGGCUAAACUCUACCUUGCAGAUGCUCCUGCGCAGCAGUCACGAGGAGAAUGCGCGGCUGAAGCGGAUGGAGGAGGGUCACAGGGUGAUGCUGCCAUCAGGACCAGGAGACAACAAGAUGGGACACCAACCGACACCAAGACCUGGAGGGUUAGGGGCAGCUUUUAGCUUGGGGAUGAAGCCGUUUCCAUCUGGCCUGAAGGAGCAGGAAGUAACUUCACCGCUGGACAUGGCCACAAUGGAAAGGGCCCUGGUUGCCAUAGCAACAGAGCUGCAGAGGGUUCACCUGCAGCUGAGCAGAGUGAUAGAGCAGGCAGGAACAUUGAGGAAGGACAGAGGAGACACAUGAAUCGUCCAGAGGGAAAGAAUAAUAAACAACUGACCGGGGACACUCCAGUGAUAAUGAUUUUGCACAUACUCAUUUUUCAUGUUGUCGUUGUUGUUUGUUUUUAUGUGAGCUUUUUUAUUUCUGGUGACAAUGAAUUUAAAUGUACCAUAAAUGUUGCUGGUUUGCUAUAAUGAAUAAAAACUAAUUAAACAAA